ACGGCAUACAAUGCCAUACACACUCGUCGGAACUACUUCAACGUUAGAAUAACGUCAGUGAUAAUUUUGUAAUGGUCCAGAUUGAAAGUGUGAUUUAAAAAACUAUUAAGGGAGAUGUAGCGAGGUCUGAUUCAGUGGUAGAGACUGAGGUGCGAUGGGAUCGAUUAACAAGACAUAUCGACGAUAUAGCCAAGACGUUCUUCAGCAAUGAAAGUUACAGAGUGUCUUCUUUCCGUCCUAUUACUCACGGACUGGUUUUCAUUUGGAUUUUGCAAUAAUCGGAUUACCAUUAAAGAAACGGAGCCUAAAGGUUAUCUCAUCAAGGACUUCAAAGGAGCUACAAACUUGACCAUAAAAAAUUCAAAUCAUCCAGAACUGCUUGAUUUAAAUGGAACCAGGCUAAUGACUGCAACUGUUCUAGAUCUGGAUAAUGAUACGAAACUUUGUAUGGAUAAGUAUAUAGACGGGACGGUUGAAUACAAAAACAACAGCCAACCUUCGAGUUAUUCUUUUAUUAUUGAUAUACUACCCGUUGAUGAAUAUGAUCCGAAAUUCCCUUUGUCAAAUUACAACGUUUCAAUUUUAGAGCUCUCGAAGGCAAAAACACACUUAAUAACAUUUAAAGGUAAUGUAACAACAGAAGCCACUGACGAAGAUUGUUCUCAGAAUAUAUCAUUCUAUACCAUUAACAGUGAAGGUAAACCUGCGAAAACUGGGACCACUACGUUAAGGAUUAAAAUAAAGGACAUAGACGACCAUGAUCCAGCAUUUAAGAACAGAACCUACACACUGAACGUCCGGGAAAAUGAACCUGUUAGUGGUGAUAAAUGGUUAUUCACGGAUCCGCCCAUUGAAGCGUUUGAUCAAGAUUUUGGAAUUAACACCGAAAUAAACUACAAAUUGUCAGAUCCAAUUCCAGUUGCAUUAGGCAUUGAAAUAAAUACUACAGAUGGGAGAGUGAAACUGAAUGAAAUUCUAGAUCGUGAGAAGACACCCAGUUAUCUGUUAACCGUUCAGGCGUACCAGGCUGACGGCAAUCGUGGAACAGUGACAGCGACACUCUCCGUCCUUGUGCUGGACGUCAACGACAACCGCCCUCUGUUUAAGGAGACUGAAUACACCAUCACCAUACCGGAACACACACUGGCAGGCACUGAAGUACUUGUCGUUACCGCCAUAGACGCUGACGAGGGGGACAAUGGCAAGUUCAGCUAUAGAAUCGUAAGCGGCCAUGGGUUAUUCGAUAUUGAUGCUUCGACUGGGAAAAUAUCAGUCGCAAAUUCAAGUGGUCUAGAUCGAGAAUCAAAGUCGCAGUUUAGUUUUACAAUAAACACAACGGAACCAAUGCCAGUGUUAGGACCGCCGUGUAACGCCUCAUGUACAGUGACAGUCAUCGUGAAUCUUACUGAUAUAAACGACAAUCCUCCAGUGUUUGUGGAAGACCGAUACUCUUUUAGUCUAGCAGAAGACGCCACGACGGGAUCUUCCAUAGGAAACGUUACGGCAACUGAUAAGGAUCUCGGUGUGAAUGCAGAGAUAACUUACAGCAUUCUGGGAUCGAAAGAUGCCAGUACGUUUUCCAUAGAUGCAUCAUCUGGGUUGAUGACUCUGAAGACACUUCCAAACCAGGACCAGAAGUUCAUAGAGGUUUUUGUCCAAGCAGCCGAUGGAGGGACGCCAUCUUUACUCAGAUUUGUAUCUGUUAAAGUGUUUCUUAGAGGUCGGAAUGGGACAGUGCGCCUUAGUGUCCCGGUCGCUAAAGAACUUUUAGAAAAAGACAAGGUCUGGAUUCAAGGUGAACUAUCGAAGAUUAUCAAAGCUGAUGUGAAAAUAGACUACUUCAACAGAACAUACUCACCAUUCGGUGAUAGUUCAGCGAUGUACAUCUCAGCUACCAAUAACAGCCUUCCUGUUUCUACAAAUGAUCUAUUAAAACUCGUGAACGAUAAGAUUGAUAAAAUCCACGCUCUCUGGAAGAAGUAUGAAAAAGUUUCACAACCAGACGACAAGAAGUUAACAGAUGUCAGCAUAGCGCUCAUUGUCAUAGCAGGCGUUAUCCUUCUUGUUGGAAUUAUCUGUGCCGGUGUCGUCUGCAUGAAAUACGAAAGAUAUGAGAAGAAAAUCCGACUUUUUGAAAGAAUAUGUUCCGAGACUCCGAUAUACGACAACCAAGACGUGAAGUUAGAGAUGGAGGAGGAGACUUCAGACUACAGCGGGUCUGGUUCCAUGACGACAGAACAACUCGCAGCCAAUGGCGACUACAACACAGUGACGACCUGCAUCAAUCCGGCGUACGAGUCUGACGAGGAAACGGAGGCAAAGGCACUGGAAGCUCUUCAAGGAUCCCCAGCCGUUAUUGAGGUGACUACUGAAGAAGAUGUCCAAGAGGCGGUGUUAGACUUUGACGAAGAAGAGGCGGAUAAAGGAGAGGUCAGUACAUGGUGUGAGGAUCGCGUGGAAAGUGAACCUGUUAACAGUAUUCUUACAGUUGUACUACAGCAUGACGAAAAUGACCGAGAUCUUUCUGAUGAUGAGGGGCAAGUAGUUAUUGGCCGCAAUAUAAAUGAAGAAAAGAACAGUGAUGAAACAGAUUAUGUAAAUUUACCACCUGAAGAGGAAACUGAGAAGAAAGACAGUUUGUCUUUGGGAAGAAGCAAUGCUAAGUACCUGUUGCCCCCACCACCUCCUAUUUCUCCAACGCUUGACCAUCUUGAGACACCACCACCUUCACCACUACCACCGCAGUCAAAUCUCUUUCCUCAUGAUCCUACACACGAGGAUUCCGAUGUCUUGCCACAGCCACCAACAUCUUUGGAAUUUUCGCUUGAUCCUCAGCUCCCACCACCUCCAGAAUUUAAUCCAGACCUUAACGACUUGGAUCCAUUCCCCACUGGUUCUACGAGCGGCCUAGUUUUACCACCAACACCACCUCGGUGUAGAAAACAUCUCUCUGAAAGUGAUGAAGAUGCCGUCCUUGAUCAAUGUGAUGAACCCGAGCCGGAUUACGCCAAGAAGGUCCAUUUUAACGAAGCCGUGGUAGAGGUGAAAGACGACGAUGCCAAGCUUGUAGCAGCUUCCUCGUCUGAUGCAGAAUCGGAACCAGACUUGGAGCCAAACAUUGAAAGUGUACAAAUCACUCCACCCAAUGGUUUAUUAGAAGAAGAUUCAGCAGAGAUGUUCCAUAUGGGAGCCGACGAAAUCACAGCAUUGUAAUAUUUAUAAUUGUUAACGUAAAUUGUAUUCUGUCUGUGAGCUAUUGCAAUCAAUGUAUUUUAAGCAAUACAAGUUUGCUGGUAUUCUGUUAUUCCUUACGAGCCAAUGACAUAAUUGUAUUUUAACUAAUACACUGACUAUGGGCGUAUGUGUAUUUUAAGAAUCAAUAAUAGCAUAGCAUUAUAAUUAAUUAUUGUAUUUAGAUUUCAUUUAAAUAAUUGUAUUUUAUUACUACAACUUUGAGAAUGAUCUUUAUUCUUUUGGAAGCAAAAGAAAUCGUUGCAUUUUAUAUAUACACACGAUUGCUUCUAGUGUAAACCAAUGAAACCAUUGCAUUUGAACUAAAACACCUUUUAAAUUGAUUCGUGUUCACUUAGGAGCCAAUGUAAUUGUUGCAUUUUUAUUAAAAAUGUGUUGAGAGUGAUCGUUGACCUCAUGGGAGCCAAUGAAAUCGUUGCAUUUAUGUAAUUCAGCCUUUAUAGUAAUUUGAGUAUUGUAUGGAAAUCAAAUAAUCCAUAUUUUUAAUUAAAAUGUUUUUCCGAUAUUCAGCUCUGUGUUAUUACAAGAUCAAAUUCUGCUUACAUGUGAAGUAAUUACAAUAAUACGAACUGCAUAUUUAUUUAGAUUAUGGAAUAUACUAGUAAUUGGUGGUAUGCAACUGUAGGUAACACGUUUAAAGACGGAAGUGGUUACAUUGAAAGGUAUGUUAAAUGGAGUAACUACUAAGAGGUAGAAUGCUAGUGCACAAACGUGUUUUGCCUUCCACGCAGCCUUUUAGCAAUCUCUUCAGUUGUGGAAAUCCUAAGAACCUUUGAUGCGGUGACAUUUUGUCACCAACAUUUGCAGUGCUGCACACACUUGUCUGUUUAAACAAGAUCCGUUUGGAAUGAUGAUGUCUGGUCAACACCCACAGACAAUUAAUUUUUUUAUGUGUAUAGUUUCUUCUUCUGUUUUUGGCAUGAGAACUUAAAGUUGGUGCCAUAAUUGGUGACAUAUAAUAAAGAAUAAAUUUUGACUAAAUAAAAUUAUGUUUUAUAGGCAUCUGUUAAGUAAUCUUACGAUGCACUGGUUUGUUAGUGUAAAGGAAUGUGUCAUUUUAUUCUAGACAAAUUAUAUUUUAUCUGAGACAAUGGGGGCAAUAUUUACCUGUUUAUUUAAUAUUGCUAUUCAAUUUAUAUAAUGUAUAAAUAUCUUAUUUUGUAACAUUUUCUGUAUCCAGUACUUAAAGCUAUGGUAAUAAAUUAUGUUUAUUAUUGGUAAUAAUCAGUGUAAAAUGUUGCUUCAUGUUAUUUGCAUCGUUCAUCUCUUUAAUCGUUUUUUUUUAUCCCAUGGAGAAGUUAUAGGGAGAGGAGAGGAGGAGAGGGAGAGAGAGAGAGGGAGAGAGAGAGAGGGGGAGAGAGAGAGAGAGAGAGAGAGAGAGAGAGAGAGAGAGA